UCGAAAAAACUAAAGCGUAAAAAGAACGCGUUCCGUAAAGCGUAGCGUAAAGCGAAAUAAAAGCAAAAGAGAAAAGAUAGAGAGGAGAUAUAUAUAUCCGAGAGCGUAUAUACAACAUAUACGUAGCACGAUGCUUGGAUGAUCUUCGUCUCGAAGAAGUCACGUUGUUGUAUUUUCUUGUAUGAACCUUAAGCAAAAACCGCCGCCCAACAAAAUAAACAAAAACCCCAAAACCGAGCAAAAAGUUAUGCUUAUUCAAAACCUGUAGAGAUCUGAUAAUAACAUAUAUAUAAAACGUAAAGAAAGCACAAGUUUUGCUCAAAACAAAAACAACAUUAUCAACUAUAACGAGAAAUAUCCCAUAAAAACCCCCCAUUAAAAGUGCAAAAAAACAAAUUAAAACAGUGCCAAUUAACAACAACAUACAACACAAACAUAAAUAAAUCAACAUCGUUGGCAGUUAUAACAUCUAAUAUCUACAAAGUAUACCGCAGUCAACAAGGAGCAACAGUUUGCUGAAUAAUUUCCAUAACCAUUUGGCACUUUUUUGGCGGUGAACAAAAACAGAUCUUAAAGCGAAAGCUUUGUUGUCUGUGUGUGUGUGUGUGUUUUUUUUUGGGAGUUCCUGAAAAGCUGCAAAGCUGCAACUUUACACCGAACAGUGGUACCACCCAAUGAUGGACGGCUUCGCGCAGGACUGGCCAACGCUGUCCCACACAGAUAAUGGCCUGGCCAUGGACCAGCUGGGCGGAGUGGUGGGUGGCGGCGGAGGCGGCGACCUUCCCGGCGAUGUGGGCUUUGAGCCCCAGACACGUGCGAGAUCCAACACAUGGCCCUGUCCGCGGCCCGAGAACUUUGUGGAACAGGCCGACGAAUUGGACAGUACAAAGGCCAGUAAUCAGCAAUUGGCAGCAGGAGACUCACAGCAGGCUAUACAGAAUGCAAAUGCAGCCAAAAAGAAUUCAUCGCGUCGCAAUGCAUGGGGAAAUCUUUCCUAUGCGGAUCUCAUCACGCAUGCCAUUGGCUCCGCCACCGACAAGCGUUUGACCCUCAGUCAGAUCUACGAGUGGAUGGUCCAGAAUGUGCCAUACUUCAAGGAUAAAGGCGAUUCGAAUAGCAGUGCCGGAUGGAAGAACUCGAUACGGCACAAUCUGUCGCUGCACAAUCGCUUCAUGCGCGUCCAGAACGAGGGCACCGGCAAGUCCUCCUGGUGGAUGCUGAAUCCGGAGGCCAAGCCGGGCAAAUCGGUGCGUCGCCGUGCCGCCUCCAUGGAGACGUCGCGCUACGAGAAGCGUCGCGGUCGGGCAAAGAAGCGAGUAGAGGCCCUGCGGCAGGCCGGCGUGGUGGGUCUCAACGAUGCCACACCCUCGCCAAGUAGCAGUGUCAGCGAGGGAUUGGAUCACUUUCCGGAGAGUCCACUGCACAGCGGCGGCGGGUUCCAAUUGUCGCCUGAUUUCCGUCAGCGCGCCUCAUCGAAUGCCAGUUCCUGCGGACGCCUUAGUCCCAUACGAGCACAGGAUCUCGAGCCCCAGGAUCUCUGGGGCUUUCCGGGUGACUACCAGAAUACGACGAUGACACAGGCCCAUGCCCAGGCCCUCGAGGAGCUCACGGGCUCCAUAGCGGACGAGCUGACACUGUGCACCCAACAGCAGCAGCAACAGCAACAACAGCAGCAGCAGCAGCAACAGCAGCAGCAGCAGCAGCAAGGGUUCAGCGCCGCUUCGGGCCUCCCAUCACAGCCACCACCGCCGCCAUACCAGCCCCCGCAGCUCCAGCAGCAACAACAGCAGCAGCCAUCCUACACGCUGAACGGCCCCGCCACCGUCGGCUACCAGACGCUGCAGCCACAGUCGCAGUCGCAGUGCCUGCUGCACCGAUCACUCAACUGCAGCUGCCUGCACAAUGCGCGGGACGGUCUCUCGCCCAAUUCAGUCACCACCACAAUGUCGCCCGCGUAUCCCAAUAGCGAGCCCUCCUCGGAUUCGCUCAACACCUACAGCAAUGUGGUGCUAGAUGGCUCCUCGGAUCUGCUCGUCCAACAGCAGCAGCAGCAGCAACAGCAACAACAGCAGCAGCAACAGCUGAAAGUGGAAUUUGAAGAUAAUAACUGCGCCUCUACUUUGAUAGGACAAUGCCUGGAGGUGCUCAACAAUGAGGGGCAGCCCAUAGACGAAUUUAAUUUGGAGAACUUCCCGGUGGGGAAUCUGGAGUGCAACGUAGAGGAGCUGCUGCAACAGGAAAUGAGCUACGAUGGCCUGCUGGACAUCAAUAUACCCCUGGCCAGUGUCAGCACGAAUGCUCCGUUGGUGAGCCUGGUGAACAAUAGUACAACGAUGAGCAGCAGCAGCAACCUGAGCGGCUCCACCACCACCUUGUCCAGCAGCAGUCUCAGUGCCGCAGUGCAGCUGAAUCAGUUGCAGGCACAGUUGCAACAGCAGCAACAGCAACAGCAGCAGCAUCUCCAACAGCAGCAGCAGCAGCAACACCAUCAGCACCAGCAACAGUUGCUGCUGAGCAACAACAACAAUAAUAAUAAUAACAGCAGCAGCAGCAACAGCAGCCUCGACUUGGCCACACAGACGGCAACAACAAAUCUGAAUGCCGCACGGGUACAGUACUCGCAGCCCAGUGUGGUGACCUCUCCGCCCUCGUGGGUGCAUUAGGAUUGAUUCAAUCGAUCGAUGGAAGAGGAUUAGAGAUGCUUCAUCGAUGGAUGAAACGAUGAUUGAUCGAUAGGCUAUAUCCGUUGUAUGUUGUGGGUGUUGUUUGUGUAUGCGUGCAUGUGCGUGUGUGUGUGUUGCCAAUGGAACGCUUUAAAACGCUUAUUCUAAGGACAAUAGUGUAAAGUUUUUUAAGCACCGCAGAUGGGAAACGGAAACUGAAACAUAAAUGGUUACGGAGCAGCUGCAGGAUCAGUGAGCAGUAAGCAACAAGCAGUAGAAAUCAGGAUGCAAGAGAAAGCAGGAAGCAGAAAGCAGAAAGCAGAAAGGAGAGGCAGGAGGAGGAGUCGCCGCAGCUGGACCGCCACUAAAAAGUUUACAAAGAUAAAUCUGGUCGCUUCUAAUCUAACAUACAUACAGUACAGUACAGUACAUAUACAUAGACAUAUAAUUACAAAAAUAUAUACGAGUAUAUAUGCAUUACACAUAGAAACGAAGCAUACAAAUAAUACCAAUAAUAACCAAUAAUUAGAUGCUACAAUUAGUGAAAUUCUCUGCUGCAAAUAAAGGAAUGAAAAUGGAAUGAAUGGAAAAAAUAGAAAGGAAAGGAAAUGGUAAAAACAACCUCACUUCCUUGUGAGCCUUGAGAGCCGGUGAAAAGUCAGCACUAAUGAAGGAAAAAUAAACGGAAGAAAUAGAAUUGAAAAUAACAAAUAUGGUUAGUCAAUAAGUUCAACUUUGUACAUAUUAAUUUUAAUAACCUUGACGUAAUGCAACCAACAAACUAUAAUAAUAAUUAUAAACAAACGUGAAACGUACACUAAAUGUUCGAAGAAAAAAAAAUACCACUAAAAAGGGGAAAUAUUCGUCAAGAAAACAACAGUAAAAGCUAUGCAAAAAAAAAAAAUGAAAGGAUGGUAAAAAAAUAACAAGAAGCAUAAACAGAAAAUAGAAACCGAAAGAAAUUAGCACAAUUAUGUAAUAAUUUAUGCUUAAUUAAUGUAUUUAAUUGAAAAUCUAAUUGUAAUUGUAUAUUUUUUCUAGAGAGAGACAGCAAACGAAACCCUUAAUGAAUGAAAGAAAACUUGUGUAAAAAUUAUGCUUAAGACUCGCAAUGGAAUACGUAAAAUGUUCUCUGGUUAGUUAGUAGCUCUACCAUAACCUACACCUACCUACCCCCCCGAAGAAUGCGCUAUUCACCUUUUGUUAAAUGAAUACACAUACACCAACCUAUACAUACAUAUGUAGCUGUCACACGUUAAUAAAAGAGCAAAAACGAAACGAAAGCAAACAAUAACAACUAAAAUCCACAUUGAAUGUAAUUCACGAAAUUUCAAAAUAAGUAAAUUAGUAAAUGUAAAUGUUGCCUGGCAAAGAAGCAAAUCACAUCAAUAUCCAAAAAAAAUAAUAGAAGCAAAUGCAUAAGCAGAAAACAUUAAACACAUACUUGCGCCUCAUUGUGUACUUUUAUGGGCUAAAUGUUAAUUAAUAACUAGAUUGUACAAUUCAAAUGUAGUUCAUACUAUUUAAAACAAAUGCAAAAACGGAGUGAAGAUGAAUAAAUCGAUGAUUCAAUUUAAGAAACAAA